CUUCACCUCGGCUUAACUGGAAACAUGACAUCGUCAGAAGAGGAGCAUUCAAUGGAUGAGAUGAACAGCAGCCAAGAGAGUGAUUCUGAUAAUCCAUCGGAAUCGGAUGAAGCUGAGGACCCAAGUAACACCUCAACGGUACAGAUAGCAGAUGAAGACUUUCGGCAGAUGUCGUUCCAAGAUUUACUUCAAUUGAAACGCCGUCUCGGUUCAAAAGUUUACAAUGAAGCUGUCUUUGGAAAAACGCAAAAAGAGACUAAAGAAACUGCAUCAAGGGCGGCCAAAGAAAAGAGCAAGAACAAACGUGUUUUGAAGGAAGAAAGCGAUUCGGAUGGUCCACCAGAAGAACUAACUGCCAAACGGAAAGUGCCAGCUCUGGGAAUGGCAAGAAAUCGCCGUGAAGCCAAUCAAUCCCGUUUCAAGGACCCGCGAUUCGAUUCCAAACAAGGCUACUUCAGUGGUAGAAAGUUCCGCGAACAGUACGGCUUCAUAAAUGAUUUGCGAACCGAUGAGUUGAAAACACUUAAGAAACAACUAGAAGAAAGCGAAGAUCCAGAGGAAGUUCAACGGCUGAAGUUUGCCAUUCGCCGAACAGAGAACCAGAUCCUCGAGUUCAACAAGCAAAAAACACAAGAUAAGAAACGGCAGGAUGAGAAACUGCAGACUCGCAAAACCAUCGACGAAGGGAAGAGGCCGUUCUACGAAAAGAAGAGCACCAAAAAAGCCCGUGAAUUGGUCGAAAAGUAUGACAAACUCAAAGAGGAAGGAAAAAUCAGCAAACACAUCGAUAAACGUAAAAGGAAAAUUACCGCAAAAGAUAGAAAGAAGCUGGAUUUUUCUACUUGAAUUAAUAAAGUGUCAUAAAUAUGUUCAGGAACCUGAUAAA